AUGUCGCCACUUUGUUUCAUCCUGGCCGCGCUUGUCUGCGCGGCCCCGGAGGGACGGGAUACGCGGCCUCGGGCACGGACGCCCCCGGGCCCGUCGACGUACUGCGGCCAGGGAUACAGGUGCCGCGGCAGCGGCCGCGAGAUGCGGUGCCACCCGGACGUCGCGUGCGACGACAGGGAAUUAAGAAGUGGUCCGUGCGCGGUAGCGACCGCGUGCCUCGAAAAGUGCGUCGCGGACCCGGGGGGCGAGGCCUGCGACAUGCCCUGCCACGGAUCGCCGCUGCGCUCGCGCGCGACCGGCGCCGCCCCGCCGCCGGACCUGAAGGUUGCGUAUUUUUUGAAUCAUCGCAAGGUGGCGGGGACGAGCAUGCUCGCCGCGCUCAAGCGAGUCGCGGGGCGCGUCGGCGUCGACGGGGGCUCGCUGCUCGUCGCCAAGGAGGAUCUCCGGCCCUUCAACCCGAAUUUGUUCUGCAAACCGGAGACCAGCGCGGGCGUGCUCUACGUCACGGUACUUCGGCACCCGCUGCACCGGCUCGUGAGUUUGUACCACUCCGAGAACAACUUCGGGGACCGGAACCCGGCCGCGAACCGCAACGCAACGGCCUGGGGCGCCUUCCUCGACGGCUCGUGCACGCGGCACAGGUGCGCGGCGCCGAACUACUACACGCGGCGCUUGCUCGGCUUCGCCCGCGUGACGAAGGCGCCCGCGGACUGCAAACCGCGCGGGUUGAAGGGGCGGAACUCCGAACAAUGCGACGUCGCGGCGCCGGGGACCUGCGCCGAGCCGACGUUCCACCCCCGGUGGCUCCACGACGUCGACCAGGCCGCGGCGCGGCAGAUCGAUUGCUGCAACGCCUUCGCGGAGGGCAAGACGCGCCGCGGUCGCCACCUGUGUGGAAAUCAAAAUUUUACGGCGUGUUCGUGCAGAAUCGUCUCGUCGCCCUCCACGCCAUCGACGCGACGCCUGCUCGAUGGCGUGGCGAUGCCGGUUCCUCACCGAUCGACCGAGCCAACACGGCUGCGUCAUCGUCGAGAAAUGACUUCGUGAAGAAUUAUCGGGUGCACCCGACGCACUGGUUGAUUUCCACACAGGUCGCAUCGGGUUCGCGUUCUCGUGCGACUGCGGGCGAGGCGCGGGCCGAGUGCUGAGCGACUUGACGAGCGACGUGGGUAUCGCCGUCUCGUCGAGCGAGGUGGCCUUCCAGGUCGCGAAGCGUGUCCUCGAUGCGUUCGACUUCGCCGUGGCGCUGGAGCGCAUGGACGAGCGCGCGGCGCAGAAACUCUCCCAACUCCUCGGCACGACCGUGACGUUCCCACACCACCGCACAAGGGCCGGAGGCAGCGGCGGCUUCAACAGACUCGCCGCGGCCAUGCCGACCAGCAUCCGCGAUCGCAUCCUGCGGCAACACGACGUGGACGUGCGCCUCCACGCCUGGCUCGCGGCGCGCCCCCUCCCUUAA